AGGACAUGGCUGCUUCCCGCUUACCCCCUGCAACACUAACGCUAAAGCAGUUCUUGAGAAGGCAACAAGUUCUCCUUUUCUACCGAAGGAUUUUGAAAGCAAUCUGGCAAGUUCCAAAUGAUUCUGAUCUCAAAUAUCUGAAGGGCUGGGCACGGGAAGAAUUCAAAAGAAACAAAAAUGCCACUGAAGAAGAUACAAUCCAGAUGAUGGUUACACAAGGCAACAUGCAGCUCAAGGAGUUAGAGAAAACACUUGCUUUAGCAAAAGCUUAAUGAUGGCAUUAUUCUGAAAGAUUUUCCAUCUCCAUGUGUUUGGAGGAGCUUAGGCUUAAGGAUGGGCAGCCCAAAGUCAACACUCCAGAACAUGGAGCAUGUCAUUGCACAGAGAGCAAAGAAAAGCUGUGUCAGAAUAACUACCUUAGCACUGAAAAACAUACCUGUAUUUUGAAAAUGUUUCUG